GUCAUUCUAUGAUUUAAAUCAUAGAACUGAACCAUCAUCGUCUGUACUUUUCCUACUAUGAUCAGUCUAAAUGUCUGCUGUGAAAAAGGCCUUGAGCAUUGAGCAUUAAUAACUACUUUUAUUAUAGAUGCAACCUUUUAAAUAUCUGCUCAGUCUCAAGAGAAGAAAAACGAGAUGCAAACAAAGGAUGACUAAGCUUAUUUUGCUCUCAGGUUUACUGUAAGUGUAGGGCUUUGCGUCUAUACUCUCUGGCCAUUUGGGCAAUGUUUUUUCCACUUGCACAACACUGAAAAUGAGAAAAUGGGAUUAUAACUAGGCUUGUUGUGUAACUAGUUGACUGUGGAUUUAGUUUACAUGGUGGUCAGCUUUCAAAGGAGGGAAUGGCACAGUUUACAAACCACUGUAUUGAGCAAUGAAUAGUCACAAUUUUCACAUAUUUUGAUGUCUAAUUUUCAUUGUUAUCUCUGUUUUCCUGCGGUUGCCACACACACAGUGUAUUUAUACCAUCACAUCUAUCAGUGUCUACCACCUGAUGUUUCAAGAACAAGCCAUGCAGAAAUUAAGAGUCAUUCAGCUCCAAGAAGCUUCUGAACCAUCUCCACCAGAAAGAAAACAUGUGACCUGGAUGUAGGAAUACUGAAGGUGGAGUCUUUAUUGUUAUUCUUCAGUCAGUGAUUGCAUCAUUACGUGCAGUGUUUGAGGUAGAGUACAGAUAAGGAACAUUGGUAAAGUGAUCUGUCAGUGCUUUGUAAUGGAACCUGUCACUACCAUAAAUGGUCCAUGCAUCAUCGAAUUGAAAAAGGGGAAGUCGAUGACAUGUUAAAGGCGGCAGGGUUGCCAUCAGCAUCAGUCCAGUGUGGCUUGUGUUUGUUGGCCUUGUCCGUCGCACACAUACAACAUCAACGCCAUGACCCAUCUGCUGCUCGGAGCCGUGCUGCUGGGGAACCUGGGUGUCACAGAGCAAGUUCCGGUGAUGCUCGCUCCGCCCACCCAGGUGAGGUUUGACUCUGUGGACUAUAUAAACAUCCUGCGCUGGACUCCAACCACCAACAGCACGUCCCUGCAGUACUACGUCCAGUGGAAGAUUUACGGCGAGCCUCAGUGGUUGGACGUUGACGGCUGUCAGGGGAUCCAGAAGCACCAGUGUGACCUCAGCGGCGUGACCUCUGACCCCAGAGAGUGGUACUAUGCCAGACUGCACGCUUCCUCUCCGCCCUCCAACAAAUCAGCCUGGGCCCUCUCACCGAGAUUCAGCCCACGCUGGGACACCAAGAUCAGCGCUCCUUUACUGAGGCUGAACGCCACAGAGCAAGGGAUUGUGGUCCGUGUGAAGCCCCCCAAACUGCUGGUCCGGAAGAUGCACAGCAGUCUGCUCUACAAGAUCUACCUCACACACACGAGUGGAGAGGAGGAGGUGCUGGAGCUCGGCUGCUGCUCCAACAAGCUGACUCUGAAAAAGCUGAACAGCAAGGCCAAAUACUGCCUCCAAGCCCAGACCAUGAUCCCCCAGCAGGCGAAGAGUAGCGCUCGUAGCUCUGUGAAAUGUAUCACUACGCUCUGAACACACAGACUCUACCUACACGAUACACUGAAUGACUGGACUCCAUCCAUCAGUUCAGCCUGAAUUAUCCAUCGCUACCUCGACGGCUGCAGCCCUAGAUAUCCGUGCCAGUGAAAGUGAUGCACUUUAUUAUUCAAAGCAUUAAGGAUCGGAAUCUUAACUCAAAGUCCACUUAACCAGCUUUCUCUGCCGAUGAAGACUGUGAGAAGUAGUUCAAAGCUCUGCAGGAAGCUAGUGAGUGGGCCCUGAGUUCAGAUUGUGAUCUUUUUUUUCAUUUUGUUGCUCAUUUUUAAACUUUCACUUUAGACACACUACAAGCACAGUGAAGUAGAGACGUUAAUAUGAAUCUAUUCUUUUAUUACUGACUUCACUAACCAGAAGUUACACAUACUGAAAAACUAAUAUCUAAUAUCAACUUGAGCUUUCUCUGAGGCUAUUUCAGCUUUUUUUAAAUUUUUGUCUUAACAUUUCUGUUUGUUUACUGUGAACUGAGAAAAUCACUAGAGUUUAAUUGAGUGGAUUCAGAGGUGAUUAACACACUGUGCAGUCCCGUCUGGUGAUUUAGGCUAAUGGCACUUUAGGUUAGUGUCAUUGUUUCCCAAAAUUAUUCACAACUUCAUUUUUUAUCAAGUUUAAAGUAACAAUCUGUGGAAUGGUAAUGGCUCAGAGAUAAUCAUAACUACAGUUUAUUGGCUAUAUUGAUAGCCACACUAGUUUCUAUCGGAUCCACCUGUGAAGAUCAAUGAAUGUCAUUUUAACUUUUAGCAGAGAACUUUCUUAAACGCGAAAAGGUUUCAGAUGCACAACUUUGUGAAUGUAUCGUGCCAGACGUAUUUGUCAUAUUACAAAUAAAAGACUGUUUACAGUGGUUAA